UCCCGAAAGAGUUCGGAAACGGAGAGCUAUGGGCGCACGUCGACUGCCCGCAUCCCCACGUGCAGUCUAGAUCCUUGAGCCUUUACAGACCUUGCAAUUUUCCCUCACUCCCAUCCGUCGUCUUCGCGUCUCUCUGUGUGAGAGUGUUCGCGCGCGUGGUGUGGUCAUGGCGAUAAGCCUGCCAUGGCAUCCCUUACUGUCGCCUUCGAAGUCUCGCUGCUUAUCCAUCCAACGACGAGCCAUUUCGACGCGUCAUGUCGCGACGAUACAGGCAUUCCAGCGGAGCGAUUUCGACGGGUUUGCGAAGCGAGUUGCCUCCGGCGAGGUCUGGAAGGAUGCGUGGAGGUGUGCCAACGAUGGAUUUGAGCAGCUCGUAUUUGACUCUAAGAAGGCCGCAGAGCGUUUUGACCGCCGCUAUAACGUUUCCAGGAGCUUCAGCUCUGUUGUGCAGUCUGCCACCGACAAGGCUCGCGAGCUCGAUCGUGAACUUGAAAUCAGUCGCAGGUGGCGCACGUUCACCCUCGAUUUCUCUGACAACUGGCCUAGGACGAUCUUCUUCAUUUGGUUUGCAUUAUCUGGAUGGCUAUUUCGGUUCAUGAUUUUUGCAACAUGGGUAUUGCCCUUUGCUGCUCCUCUUGUAAUUGGAGCUGUCGCAAAUAACUUAGUAAUCCAGGGAUCUUGUCCAGCAUGCAGACGGAAGUUCAGGGGAUCCAAGAGCCAAGUAAUUCGUUGUGCAGGAUGUGGGAACAUUGUUUGGCAGCCGAAAGGUGACUUUUCCUCAAGAGGUGGUGGUAGAGGCACUAACUCAUCAACAUCGGGACCAGAUUUUAUUGAUGUGGAAUUCGAAGAGAAAUGAGAGAGGGGGAGAGAGCCCUGGGUGGUUUUGGUUCAUUUCUUGAUGUUCCCCAGAUAAUGAGAAGAAUGAAGAGAAAAAAGGAAAGAGGUGAGCUGACAAUUUUGUUUGCCUCCUUGUUUCAUGUUCAUGACGUGUUUCUUGUUUCUGCUUCUCAUGUAAAUUAUAAAAUUGAUUGUAGGAAUGGUUCUGUAUGUUAAAUUUUUAUAAUUGCUCCCUAUCUGAAGAAUGGAUGGAAGAUAUAGGAAAUUGUAUACUUUGGGCUACUGCCUCAUCUUGGUCCUACUGCUGUUAUUACCAACACGCGCUUCUCUCUUUGAACAUUUUAUGGACUGAGCUGAGCUUUCUGCAGAAGUUAUGCUCUUUACAUAGAGAUCUGCUAAACGAAGAAGGCCUCUGUAUGGAUAAGUGUCCUCUGUAAAAUUGUCAUAUGUCAGCUGAUGACCAGCUUUUAGAAUCAGACGUGCUCAAAACAUCAUCCUCAAAACUUGUAUCUCCUGGGGAGCUGUUCUGAUAUCUGGGAGGUGAUUGCUAUCUGUGACUACAAAGCGAAGGAACUUGUAUUGAUCUACAGCUACUUUUACUGAGAAAUAGUACAUUUUUUUAUUUUUCGUUAUAA